AGAAACAGAUUCUCGUGUAGGGAUGUUGUAGUUUGAGCGACUCUCCGGAUUCAGGAGAUGGAAAAAUAUGUCAACUUGAUAGCUCGCCAGUGGCGACCCACUUGUUCGGGCUCGCUAAGAGACAUGUCCUCACUCGUGGGGAGAUUCGACCAUGGGAGCCUGUGGCUUUUGCCUUGCUCGCCUCUUCGACCAAAGUCUCGUGCGUGGGUAUCACAGCUGGGUGUUGUCUGUGUACUCACCCUUUGUGGUUUUGCUGGCGCGACCCCGCGCUUGGCGUCUGAUGUCGGUUUCGUUCCAGACGACAGCUCAUUCUACACGUCACCCGUCGAUACGGAUAAAUUCGGUGCGCUUCUAAUCCCCGAUGAGACGAAGAUUCAGCUGAGUCCGGCACUGCGCUAUAUGCGGAAGCCCUCACAGGCUGAAAUGGAUCGGUCGCUAAGCUGUGAGUCCUCGGAGGACUUACAGCUCGAUUGGUUACACGUGAAGGACGUGCUCUUGGGGCUGUUAGAUUUCGCCUUCGGGGGAGCGGGCGCGAAACAAGACUGGACUACAAACGCAUAUGCAAGACAGAUAGCGAAAGUGCAACACGCAUGGCACAAUAUCGCGACACUGCAGGGUGGAUUCGAUGACUGCGCACUGGGUUUUCUCGUUAUUCGCCUGUGGAGUACGUCUCUCAAGCCACCGGCGUAUCGCUGGUACGAGCUUACUCAGAAUGCGUAUCUACCAGAGUUCUUUUUGGCGCUGAACUCGGCCAUGCUUCGCGAGUCGUUGAGUUGGGACGCGUUGAUCAAAAGCGGCUGGGGCCUGCUUCUGUUCUAUCAGAUUUACGAGUUGCAGGAAGGCCUGUUUCCGCGCGACAAUCUAAAACGAAUUUCUAUGGAGGCCAACGGAGUGCCAUUUGACGAUAGCGUGAGUGAGGAGGAUAGUCGGGUAGAAGUCGGUCCAUUAUCUGAGACGGUCACAAAGCUGCAAGGGCAAGGUGGAGUGCCGCUGGAAGACUUUGCAUUCGUUUUGGAGAGCGACCCCGUACGUGACGGUGAGCCCGCCGAAGGCUUUCCGUGUGGUGUGAAAGUCAAUCCAAGAGUCUGCCAAGCGAAGAUGUCGAUGGCCGCGGGAGAUAUGAGGUUACCCGAGCACGCGAUGCCAAAACAAUGGGUGCAUCGACUCAGUGCCCAGGGGAAAUUCAUCGCCUUUCCACCAACGGCAGAGAGCGAUGAAGACAGUGGAAGCAAUCAUACUCAGGUAGAUGAGCAGGUGACAGAAGCCAGCAACGACCCCUCAGCAUCAGCCUCCUUCAGCUAUUACGCGCGAUUCCGCAAGAAGAUUCCGUCAACACCACGCCCUUUCUUCGAACAUCCGGCGUAUCUGAGACUCCUCGCAGAAACCUCGCAUGGGCAGAAGCGCUUGACCCUAAUCGAAACCAACGCUGCUGCGGAUAAUCUUGCAUCUUCUCAGAAAAAGUCUGAAUCGGCGGCCGUCGCAGAGGAAUCUAAAGAAGGUUUUGCGGGCGAAGAGGAGCCUCCUGUUGCUGAUGGCGUGCACAACUUUUUGCGAAUGUUCGACUUGAAAGCGGAACAAGUCCUUGCCACAGGCUCACUCUUCCCGAGUUGGGUGGAGGUUUUGCAGAGCGAGAAUCAUAACCGCUUUCUUGCGGGUGCGCGCACGCGCUUGUCGCAUCAAGGCCACGUGUUGCCGGACACGAAAAUUGAGGUGAUUGAGCAUCUUGUGGAGAUGGCCGGCGCAGUGAUUGAGAUUGGUGACUGUUUGACGUCUGACACCUUCGUAAUGCACUACUUGCAGCGGGUGCUCUGUCUCAGUGCAAACGGCUACCAUAUCGACGAUACAGGGAUGCUAACAAGUCAGAACUAUGAAGCUGAAGAUCCAUGCAGUACGGUGGCGCAGUUGCAGCCGUACGACUCGCUUACACCAGAGUUGGUCAACGGCAUCUACAGCAGAGCAAAACGAAGAAGGAGACAGAGGGGGCAAGCCGCACUGAGUUCAGACGAAGGCGAUACGUCAGCCGAUGACGAUGAGCAGGCUUCCAGGAAUUUGGAACACGGUCGAGUGACUGACGCAAGCUACCAUGUCCUUGAGCCUGGGAGCCUGUUGAUUCCUGAAGCACGUGUACUCCUGAUGAACCGUGUCCGUGGUGAGAUUUACCGACGAGUUGCGAUGGACAUUUUCAAUUUGCGGUGGGAUCCUUUAGCAUUUGCGUUUUUCUCAUUGCAAAUGGCCUUUCAAUUCAGUAAGGGAAAUGCUGAUCGCCUCCAGCGCCUAAACGCGGUACAAAAACUGUUAGCGGCUUUUGAGGGGCGACGCAUGACCUACGAAUUCAAAACUUCCAUUUUGGAUGAUCUGCCGGGUAUGCAGUUGGGAAAACCGCUAUGGGAUGUUGUUGGCUAUCACUGGGCAAUACCAAUGUACCUAGUGGAAGUGGCUUUGGAUUGGCAUCGGGAAAAGGUCAGAAAUGACAUGAAAAGUGGUGCAAGUACUCCUGGAGAAAGCGGUGGUUUGUCCGGCAAAGCGCGCAGCAUGCAGGACCAGGGAUCGGCGCUUACUGAACGAGGGCCACUGAUCACGAGGAAGGAGCGUUGCACUCUGACUCUUUGUCCCGAUCACAGAACGCCGAAUCGUGAUUCAUGCGCUUGCGAGCAAUGGUUUCCGCCUAUACAUCGAAGGAGAAAGCUGAUGCCAACAUCUCCUCCGGAACGCGACAAUCAUGAGUAUGAGGUGAGAGUUUGCAUUUUUGUCACAGACACGCGACCGAUUCAGAUUGAUUUGCGAUCUGUGAGUGCAGUGACGACUACGGAUGAGUGGUGGUCGUUAAGCUACGCCAUCAACUUCCUAUACGCGCGGUCACAUGGUUAUCACAUCGAACGGCGCUCGGAAAAGCUGUAUCAGCCUCCCGUAGGAUCGGACGAAGGCGGUGAGGGUGACUCUCUGAACUUGUGGUCACAAGAUCCGAGCAGAAAAGUAGGGUGGGCAAAGAUGUGGUACAUGUGGAAACGCCUGAACGAGCUUGGGCAAGAAAAGUGCACUCAUGGUGUGUCGAUUGAUUCUGACGCGUGGUUCAAGACGUCCGAAAAGCUCGAAAACAUCAUUGAUUUCUUCAUGCGAUAUCGGCCAUUGCAAGCUGAUGAGGAGACGAGGAAAAAUGGUGAGGAGGCUACACACGAAGGAUCUUCGCAAGGUGAGUAUCCAGACAAUCCUAAAAUAACCAUCACAGGAGCAGAACCUGAAGAACGAUCUCAAAAUCUCUUCCUCAUGCCAGCCCAUGGGAACAUCGCGUUUGUGAAGAACACCCAUCGAGCCACGCAGCGAUGGCUGCCGUUGCAGUACUACUGACCUUGAUCAGUUCUCCCUACGCAACUACAGAUCUUUCAUUUCAAUGCAUUUCCUUAGUCUCUGUAUGCACAAAUCCAAGUUGAUUCUCCUUUCACCAUGGAGUAUUCAGCAUUCCACACGUGCAAUAGUAAGAUUCAGAAGCCGAAACCAUCAGCCUGGGCUUCAUCUGUGUCUGGGCCGACCAAAGGGCAUUCAAACAACACUCCUUGUAAUCCUAUUGAUGCGAUCAAAGUUCGUAGAUCAAUUCAAAGUUCUCAGGCGCUCAUUUCUCGUCGAUUUCCGUGUGUUUUUGCUGUGAUUUCAGAUCCUCUUGAAGUUGCCACUUACUAGCCUUAGUUUUAUGAAAAAAUCAUCACAGCACUACUGCUAGCGGAGAAAAAAAGUUUCUUAUAUCGCAGGAAGUGGAUUCACACGCGCCUGGGCCCGACCAGAUUGUUUGGGAUGUUGAUAAGAAGAAUCCAGCAGCAAGACAAGUAUUGUCGUAUGAUCAGAUUCUAAAAGCUGAGUUAGCAGACACGAAGCAUGGGCAGCGUGGGCCUAGUAGCACAGAGGAAGUUGGGGUAGAUGAGCGAAUGAAACAGGAGCAACCACCACGAAGCGGCGAUCAAAAAGGUCCCGCAUCUAGCGACGAAGUGUCAGGCAAGGCAGGGAAGAGUACGGUUGAUGGAGCGAAUACGUUAGCGAUAGCGAAGCAAGAGUACACGACACUCCCGUAUGACAGUACUUUAGAUCGUUUUGGGCGUCGGAAGCGUGGCAAUGGUGGCUUUUUCAUCGUCCGCAAUGACCCCGCGGGUCUUGAGAUCUUGCAGUCGUGGUAUGAAAGUCCAGAGACUUUUCCGCAAGAAUUAGGGGUCUAUCGAAACCGGCACUCACAGGGUCUCAAUAGGUGUUUUGAUACGGCCAUUCGGGAUGAGGAGAUGUUUCGACAUCAACUAGUUUUUGGACCUCCGGAGUUCUUCACUGGACCGCGAGCAAAGGUUAUAGAACACAACUGGUUCAAAAAACAGGACAAGAUCUUGCCGGAUCUCAAGGAACGAUUUCUCCAACGCAUACAGCAAAGAAUGGGAUGCGUGGUCUGCGCGGAAAAUUUCGAUCCAGCAUUGGCGGAAAUUGAGAAGACUUACUACUAACUCGUUUCCGAACAGCAAAUACUACAGUUGCCAAAUUCCUACAUGAGAUAACUAAUAUGUUGUGAUUUUGGUCGGUCCAAUAUUUUACUCAGUAUGACAUCAAAUGUCGCAAAAGCCGCGAGCGCAAUCGAUAGUGCUACUUUGAUUUUUGGGCAAAAGGCUUCUACAUCGAAGACAUCUG